AUGGUUAUAAAAAGUUAUUUUCUUCUUAUAAACAAUAGGAGAUACAUUUCUAUGUUAUGUAUUAAUUAUUUGUACUUUAAAACUUGUAUUAUUGUUUUUAUUAAUUUUAAUAUCACUAUGAAUGCAGUUGCAUGGAUGGACAUUGCCUUAAAAAAAGCUGCGGCUUCACUAAAAGUUGGUGAAGUUCCGGUUGGAUGUUUAUUUAUAUAUAAUAAUGAAAUAAUUGCAGAAAGUAAUAAUACUGUUAAUGAAACUUGUAACGCAACUAGACAUGCUGAAAUGAAUUGCAUUGAUCAAGUUUUAGUAUUCUGUAAAGAAAGAUGUUUAGAUUAUAAAGAAGUUUUUUCUAACAUUGAUAUUAUUGUUACUGUUGAACCAUGUAUAAUGUGUACGUCUGCAUUAUAUCAAUUACGAGUACGCAGUAUUAUUUAUGGCUGUAGAAAUGACAGGUUUGGAGGAUGUGUGAGUGUUUUCAAAGUAUCCAAUGUUUAUGAUACCAAAGUAACAAUAAUAGGAGAUAUUAAAAGUAAAGAAGCAAUAAAUUUACUUAAAAAUUUUUAUGAAGGUACAAAUCCAAAUGCACCAGAAUGUAAAGCUAAAAAAAAGUUAUAAAAUAAAAAAUUGAAAAUCAAUAAUAAAAAAUUAUGAUAUUGAGUUUGAUUGUAUAAUUUUUUCAUUGUUUUUUUAUAUAUUAUGAUGCACCUAAUAAUAUAAGUGAUAACUAUUAUUAUUUUAAUAUGUUCUCAUACUUGUUUGUGCAUUUUAUGAUUUUAUUAAAAAUUACUGUAUGUAUUAAAUGUUAUUAAAUACACCAUGUAUGAUCCAAAGCACAUUUUCCUUGAUACCAUCUUAUAAGCAACUGAUUUCGUAGUGUAUAAUCUUUCAAUUCCAUUCCGUCGACCUAAAAAAUAAUAUCACAUAAAAAAUUAAUAAAUAUAAAUCAUAUUUUUUUUAAAGUGACUUUUAUAGUGACUUUUUCUAGAACUUACUAUAGAAGGUGGAAAGAUCCUUUGAAAAUCCAUUUUGUUUUGAUGUUCUUUAUAACUUUGAGAUAAAAUAAUUUUAAUCUCUGGUGUGAAACAUGGAUUACAAAGUUGACAUUCUAUUACAAAACAAUCUUUGCAAUUUGCACAAAAUUUUGGUAAUACUACUAAAUUUUUAGUUGCAACUUCCAUUUCAUAUCCCAGUUUAUUUCUGUAAUGUAAAUAUUUGAUUUAAAAACAAAUUUUAUUUUGUAUAUGAAAACUUUAAAUAAUUUAUUAAAGAAUAUAAAUGACCUUGUUUCAAAAUUAUUCUCUUUAAUCCUUUGACCAAUACCAACGAGUGCAAAUAAAUUAAAUAAAACUUGCUCAUAAAGUAAUUGAUUAGGUGGAUAGUGUGCAGAAGAUAAAUUUGGAGACAUAUUUGCUUCCAUUGUAUAUACAUUCAAAUCUUCAUCAAGUGUGAAAUCGAAUCUGACCAAUUCAAAAUAAUUUCUUCCACCGCCGAAACGUUGAAUUGCUUCUUUUACUUGGCCUUCUUUCAUUAGUGCCACUUCUCUAAUUGCCUCAUGUAUAUUGCUCCAUAUUUUUUGAGGAUCUUUUCCUUUUGAUGUUAUAUAUGCAUCCAAUGAAUCUUUCAUUGAAAAUCCAAAAUGAACAUAAUAGUUUUUUAAAGAUGGUACUUCCCAAAUAGGUCGAUAAUCGUCACCAAUAACAUACUUAUCUAAAUUAUUGCUAUCAAAUGGAUAAUAUUCUAUUGGACAAAAUCUAAGUAAAACAUCUCCUUUGUAAACAUAUACUCUUAGUGGAUCAAUUGAUGUAAUUACAGUAUAAAUGCCUAUAUCAAACUUAUAAUUAUCAAU